UUCCAUUGUGUGCACGUUUAAAACCUGCUCGAUACUUGGGUUUGCGAGAUUGACCGACCGACUGUUGGAUUCCAAUCGAAUCGAAACGAAGCUCUCACUUUGUGUGCAGUGUCCGUCGGUUGCGGUUGCUCCGGUGUUGUGUUGUUCAUUCUGCAGGCGACAGAGGCUUUCUAGUUGGGAAGAUUAUUUUCUAGUGAAUCGCGUUAGCCCUCACGGACCUUGAAUUAUACGCAGUGAAAGCCGAGCCAUAGUCUGUUCGCGCAACGGUUCUAUGGAUUAGUCCAUUCGUUCCUUCUUCGAGGUCAUUUGCCGGGUGUACCGUCGUAUUACCGCUGGUAGUGUAACCGUCGUCGGGUGGAUGCGCCAUCCAUUAUUGCCAAGUGUCCGCCGCAGUGAAGGUAAUGAAAGGCAGCAGCGUGAAUCAUGCAGGCAAAUUUAGUUAAACUUGAUUGUAAGCAGCAAACGCUAGAAGAAGUGCCGUGUGUCGCUGGGUUUUACGUCGUCGUCGUCGUUGUCGUCUAACGUUUUCUGUGCUUCCUGUCUCUUUUACAUCAUCAACAAUACUUUUGACGCAACAUCGGUGAGAAUAACUUCGUCGAGUGCGAAAAAGUGUUGGUGAAGUGGAUGAAAAUUUUUCUGAUGGUUUGCUGUUAGUGGUGUGCAAUUUUGCGAAGAUGUGUAUCGAAAACCCGAAAAUCUCAUGAAAUCGCCUUAAAUUUGUGUUUUUGUUUUCGGUUUCGAUUAGUUGCGAUUGUUUGGGAGGAAAUUCGUGCAGGUUAAUUACGAAUUGCUCAUACAGUGGGGAUAUGGCAUGGGGCUGAUUGAAAUCAUCCAGCGGUUAAAUAAAUAAAUAAUGAUGUAAACCUACACACAAAAAGAAACCUCGACCUGCAUCGCAAGAAAAGCUGGCACCGGAGAUGUGUGAAACCGAAGUUUAAUUACUACUGCCUGUGCUCGAGGAAGAUAACUCAAAAUGAAAUAGCAGAGACUACAGUAGCAAGCAGCAUCAGUCAUCGGUCGGCAGGCGUUUGUAUGAAAAUUACGUGAAAAGCUAACGAUAACAACAAACGUUGCAGCGCUAUACGAUUAUUAUUUUUCUUAGCCUAAAAACCUAGGCAGAGCGGCGUUGAAAAACGCGUAAAGUGGUUAGGAUUCGGUUGGAUAAGCGAAGAAUCGUCAUUGUUUAGUACAUAGCAGCGCGAAAGAGGCGCACAAACGGACGCAAGAUUCACAAGUUACAUAAGUCGUCGACGGCCAUGGCGGUGGUGCGAAAGAAACAGGAUGAUAAAAUCCUGAAGAUGCUCCGCGAGCUGGUCACGGUCGGGGGUAACAAGGAGUGCUUCGACUGCAGCCAGCGUGGUCCGACCUACAUAAACAUGACCAUCGGCUCGUUCGUCUGUACGACCUGCUCGGGAAUACUGCGCGGCCUGACUCCCCCACAUCGGGUCAAAUCGAUUUCGAUGGCCACUUUCACCCAGGAGGAAAUUGAUUUCGUACGUCAGAACGGCAACGACGCCUGCAGCAGAACCUGGCUCGGCCUGUGGGAUCCAAAGCGAGCCAUCAAACAGGAGCACCGUGACUUCAUGAUUGACAAGUACGAGCGGAAAAGAUAUUAUCUGGAGCCAGCCAGUCCCCUGAAGUCUCUUUCAGCCAGCACAUCGAACUCAACGAGCUCUCUUUCAGUCAGUAAUGGCCACAGUAGCAGUAACAAUAACAUCAACAGUCGAAACGGUACCGAAAACAAUGUGCCACUUAAAACAAUUACAUUGACACCGCCAACAUCGCUGCGACUGAGUCGGACAAACUCAAACUCCAGCGGCGGAUUCAAUGGCAACGGAAGUCACACGUCGUCGUCUGUCACGAGUUCCAGUACAAAUCUUAAAUUCCAGCAGCAGUUUACACCGGACGAUAGUAACUUUUUCAGUGAAACACCGCCGAAAAUCUUGCCGCCGACACCGCAGAAGCACUCCAGCAAUCAUCACCAGCGGCUGAAUGGCACCGUCAAUGGAGUCGGAAAUUUCGAACGAAGUCAGAGGAACGGACUGCUGACUAAUUGCAACAGCAGCAAUGGGGGUAACAAAUUCACACCCGAUUCGGACUUUGUGGCCGACUUUAGCAAUGCCAAUAUUGUGAAUGUCAACGGAACGGCCAACGGAGGCUCGAGGAGUAACGGCAUUAACAGGCUAAGCAACGGAUUCAAUGACAAAGCAAAUUUAACCAACGGACAUCCGCAUGGAAGCGAUAUGGAAAAUUUCGCCGACUUUGAACACAACCAAAUCUACAACGCUGCCGAACACUUGAAUGGUUCCUUCUUCAGCAAUGGCAACAUCCACAACAAUAACAGCAGCAUCGACAGCAGCAGCAGCAGUACCACCAGUGUCAACAGCAUGAGUAACGACCUAUUCAUCAACAAUUACAGUCUGUUGAACAGCAACAAUACUUCCAGCGGCUCAGGUGGGAUGGGCGCUGGUGGACUCGGUGGGUGCAGUGAUCUCUCGGUUUUUAAUAACAACACCCAUUUCCCUGCGGUUUUCGGAGAGUACCAGUCGAACAACUACGGCGGCAGUGUCAGUCCGUACUCUGGUACCGCUCAAAUGCAAUCGAACGGAUAUAUUUGCUUUCAGAACAAUUACACCGGCUCUGGGGGUGGCAAUGGAAGCACUAGUCUCAACUACUCCACAAGUAGUUGCAGUAAUAAUAAUAAUAAUAAUAAUAAUAACAACAACAAUAACAACAACAAUAAUAACAACUAUAACAACAACAAUAACAACAACAAUAGUGUGCAGUGGAAUCUUUGGCAUCAAUUCAACCAGUGGCCUCCCAACGAACAGCAGAACGUGUUUGGCAGUGCGGGCAGUUUGAGCUGCCAGAGUCAACCACCAGCGACAAGUUUAGUUAGACAGCAGCAGCAGCAACAACAACAACAUCAUUGCUCAAAUCAAAAUCGAUGGAGUGUUCCCAUUUCAACAAGCUCAAAAUCAACAACUGCUCAAAGCACCUCAGCACCGUCCGUAGAUAGAUAUGCCGCGUUGAAAGACUUAGACGACCAGUUCCGAGAGAUCAAACUCGAGUGUGAAACGAACAACAACUACAACAGUAACAGUCACAACAUGAACGGCACCAGUAAUGGAUUACUCAAUGGAAAUCACACCAGUGAUGUACAUCAAAUAACCACAGCAAACCCGUUCAAGUCAGCAAAUCCGUUCCAGCAACAACAGUCCAGCCUCAACUGGUCGAUUCCGGGUUCAACACCGGCCACCGGGACGACACCAAGUGGUUUCUACGGAACUUCACCGUACCAGAACGGAUUUGCGCAAGCACAUCUGAUUAACGGCAACGGAGUCGGUUUCACCAAUGCCUUCCACCAUCCGGUAAGCAGCGCUAUUGGCGCCCAGGUGGUACCCCAGUUUAACGGGCACUUUGGCAAUCCAUUCGUGGCUGCAGGAGCGACGACCGGUUCGUCCAAAUCGAAUAACCCGUUCUUAUGAGUAGCUUCCUAGAUCAGCACAGACACUCGUUCUGGUUUCUAGGCGAACCAGCUUGGUUUUCGUGCGUGUAGAUUUCAGUGACCGACGUAUUAGAUGUACAUGCCGGAAUGUAGUAAGUUUCAAGCUUUUUUUCCGAUUAGCAGGAAAAAAUAUUUAGCGCCAACAGGGAAACAAAACGAGGAAGAAAUAGAGAGAGAGAGAGAGAGAGAGAGAGAGAGAGAGAGUAGGAUUUCAUCAAGGUACAAGAAGUGAUACACAACAUUUUAACGUGGCCGGGUAUUUUUUGUUUUAAAACAGCGCGAAGCUAGUUAUUUUAUACGGCUGUAAAUCUGUAUAUUUUCGGUUUAAUUUUAAAUUGCAGUUGGAAGGCAAACAAACAAAUAAAAUAAAAAUAGACAAUAUAAAAUCGUACAUGAGUUUAGUGUUUGGUGUUAAGCUAGGCAAAUCGAUUAACUAGCGCGUAGUUCCACGAGUAUUACUGAUGCGCAGAAAUAUCAGGUGAUUAAUUCCAUUACACAAAUUUACUAUACGGAGAGGUUUUGUCGCUUUAUUCUUCAUUUGCUUACGCAUAUACGUAUCGAAUGUUCGUUUAAGGAUCUAGACUGACUACUGCAGGAAGCAUUAGGAAACAAGUUGAUCGUAGCACAACAGUCCGUCUUGGUUUGGAACGUUUUGAACCCACGCGGGUAGUAGCACGUAGGCACCGCUUGAUGGAAACUGCUAAGCUUCACUUUUCUAAAAUAAUACUAUUUGAAGCUCAUGUACCGUGAGUUUUUACGUGAGUUCCACGACAUAAAAUUUUGUUUAUCUCCCUGUUGCUUUUUUACGUUGCACUUUACGGUUUAGAAUCAGAUGUCCAGCGAAAAACAUUACGUUUUCACGCUGUUAGAAAAAACAUUUGUUCAGCAAAAAAAUGGCAGACUCUCGAAUGCUAGUGCAAAUUCCGCAAUAAAUAAUACUCACGUUUCGCACGAAAAGGUGGAAUUAAAAAUGAGGCACUUUCAAUUUUUGGUGUGAGAAAGUCGAUAGCACGUUGAAAUAUUUAGAACUUUGAUGGGUUUAGUUACCAUUUUUAUCACAAGGAAGUGUAAUUCUAGGUUUUCUCGGAAAUAUAUUAAAAACUGUAUUUAUGUUUUGGUUGAAAAUAACUAGUGUGAUCAUUAGCAAUUGAUGUAAAUAUUGUUGUCCCAUUCCACUGCAGUGAUUAGCGAUUAGCACUCCGAAACCAAAUUGUUAGCCAACACAAAAAUUAGUGAAAUUACUAAUCAGCCUUGAGUAUUUUAUUGAACAAAAUCAAUAAGAAUGUUGGGUUAAUUGCCAGGUUCUUCGUGCACUCCCCUCAUACUAGAUCCUACAGUACCAUAACGUUUGUGAGGAAAAUUGCAUUGGACAUUUCUGAAAUAUUUAUUCCAGAAUCUUGAUUGUGCAUGCCGAGAACGCUCUGUGUGACCAAUUUUCGCUUAAGAAAAAGAAAAUUUGCAAUCACUCGGAUAGAGAACGCUUUCUUUCAGGGGUAAACUUUUUUUUCCGGAACCGCGUAACUCAACAACCAUUUGCUAGUUCAAAUUGCAUUUAGAAUGAGUUAUAGCGUUUUUAACAACCAAGGAUGUUUUUUUUACUGCGGGUAUUGAUGAGCUAAAAAAGUGUAACUAUUAAAUUGGCAAUGUCCUGCUAGCAAGUUGUCAGUCUAUUUCCAAAUAUUUGUACAUACAACCUCAAAUCAUACUUUUAUCGAUGAAAUCAUAAAUAGUGCGAACCAAAAUAGAGAACAAUAUUUAAAAACUAUCGCCAUAAAAACCGCCUGCAAUGAGCCGUGGAUUGCAAAAGUUUGAGUAAGAAACCAUUUUUGAAUAAGGCAGAGUAGUGAACCUAGACAGUGAGAGCAGAAUCAUGUUUAAAUAUUUAGAAUUUGUAGAUAAGCGAGAAUUUGAACUCAUUACGAGUUACGGUUUGUUGGAACUUCUACACUUUCAAGUUGCUAUACACGAUCUGCAAAAAAACAAGGACAGCUCAACACAGCUGGAGAAGUAGCCGAGAGGCGAAAUUUGUAUUCUAGUGACAUCAAUAACGUCUUAGGGAAAGUUUAUCUGCGCGAUACAAAAAUUUUCAUCGUUACGCAGACUAUACGAACACGAAAAAUGUACUCAACGCUCAAGAGUUUCAUGUAAUGCCGCUAAAUUUUGCCAUCUCUAGGGAGGAUAGUUGUGUGACAGAGAAGUUUAGGACUAAUAACUACCGCGUUAGAUUGUUAUAAAAGUUAAACUUUUAUUCAAAAUAAAAAUGCUUUUGUGGCCUUACGAUAAAGAAAUUAAAAAUGAAUACAUUUUUUUACCAAACUAAAAAAAAGUUGUAACGCGUAGCGAAUAUACAGAAGUUUAAAUACAGUUGAACAAGCCGUUGCAUGCAGACUUCUACAUCCGAGGUUUAACGUUUAUACAUACUUAUUCACAAAAGUUUAUGCUAGAUUGCUGCGUUCAUCCCUAACAUAGAAUACUUUAUUAGAAUGGGAUUCAAGCGUCUUUCAAGCUAAUUUUUGUAUCGAGCUAACUAAAACUUUUAAGCAGAAAUUCUAAGAUAUCCUAGCAAGGCGUACAAACUCGCUUCGAAGGAGCAAGAAGACUUUGUGAACUUUUUUAGUACAUUGCGAACGAAUCUGUCAAGCUGAUUGUAAAAUUCAAAGGCUCGUAUUCAUAUAGAUUAUAUUUCAACAUUUUCGAGGCCUAAUCUGAACAGUAGUUUAUCAUCGGGUGGCUCAAUUUUGCCAAGAAUACGAUUCCUUAGAAAAAUUCUUCUUUUUCCCACUUUUAAAUAGCAGGCAAUAUGAUUGACAAACUGAACGCAAAAAAAAAACAAUUACGUGCAUUACAAACAAAAACACUUUGUUUAUAUGAAUAUAAAUAAAAAAUGACACAAGAAAAAAAAAGAAAUCAUAAAGUGAUUAAGGUGUAAUAGGUAUGCCGAAUGUUUCAAGUGUUAUAAAUCUGAAGAACAAAAACUACAUACAGAUUGAUGACCGUUUGUUGUAUUAAAUAAGGGUGAACAACUACCAACUAUUACGUAUGUAAAGCAGUUUAAAUCAUAACUAUAAAAUGUAUCAAAAGUCCUAAAUAAAAAAAGUUAAUAUUUAAUAUUUAUAACAA